AUGGCAUCUGUAUUUAGACCAGUCUUCUUGGCCCCUAACUAUACCUUUCACAUCUCAGUCUUACUACCAGAUGCCAAUGUAACCUGCAUCAUCCCUGAUGACUGCAUCCUGCCCUGCAGCUUCAGACCCACUGGUACUGUGGUCAUCCACUGGUACAAGCAGCAGAUCCCAGUUCACAGCUACUACUACAACAAGGACCAGUUUGGGCUCCAGAACAAACACUUCAGUGGAAGGACGUGUCUGUUCAACUCCCACAUCCCGCAUGGCAAUGCCUCCCUGCUCCUCAGGAGGGUCAAAGUUCAAGACAAAGGCAGAUACAAAUGUUAUACGAGUACACGAAAGGGCAACCAGGAGCUCUUCGUCAACCUGGAGGUGAAAGGUCAGUGAAAAAAGACUUCAUUUUACUGCCUCUUUGUUGUUUUAACUUUCAUUGUAGCUCCCAAGUGUUAAACUUAGCGCUGAUAAAGCAUUCAUAAAUUACUCCCGCAGGACGUGACAGCAAAGUGGAACAUUUUUGCACUUUUCUUUCCACUACUUCACUGUGGGUUAACUCUUGAUUCUGUCUGGAAGGGAAAGCUGUAGGAAACAGUUCAGUUUUGUGUCCUUUUUUAAGACCUAAACUCAGCCUGAACACAUGCUGUUAAAAACUGUGAAAACCCCUGCUUUGAGGAAAGUCAGUAGCUGCAUUUACAUAGGCACAAAUAAUCGGACUCAAGGCCCGAUCGGAACAAAAAUGCGUUGUGUAAUCAUGUCGAUCGGAAGAUUCUGAUCCAGUGCAAAAGAAAUUGUAUUCCGAUCGAGAGGGGUGGUUUAUGCCGGUCGUUAUUCAGAAACACGUCCUGAUAAACACUUAUUCCGAUCGUGACUCUCUUACCUGACUCGAUAUCCACUCUUUAGCCCUUUGUUUAUUUAUUGAGACCAGUAAACAAGGUAUUAUUAUUAUAAACACUGGCAUUAACCACAAACGCAGGUGCCAUUUCUGCUCUUCCGGUAACAUAACAAGGCGUACGUACAGCGUAAUGAUGUCACAUCUGCACGCACAGUGCAACCGUUGACAGAGCAGUAAAAUAAGUACACAAGGGCGCCAUCUAGUGACGAAUUUAAAAGGGGGGGGGGGGGGGGGAAUCCUGAAUUGGAUGAAGUGAGCCAUUACCGCGUUUAUUAGUUUGUUGACAGCACAGGUUUAAGUACAACUCUUCUUCUGCGGUUGUUUUAGCGAAACCAGACAACUCUGCGCAUGUCCAAAUGCUUCUAAUCUGAAUAAAGCUUGGUGCAUAUAUACGCACGAUCGGAUUAUUUGAUUUUGCACUCAUUUAAACAGUGGAUUCAAAUUAUCCGAUCCCUCAAAUUUUUUAUCGGAUCAAGAAAUUUUGCACAUGUAAACAUGGCUAGUGUUGUGUUUAUUUUUAUAUUUCCAAAAGGGAAUUCAGCGUUAUGUUAGUCUGUGGUAAUGCAAAAUUGAACUGUAACAAUUUGCAUUUUUAAAGUAAUUAAAUUAUUAUUAUUAUUAUUUUUUUAUCAAAAUCAUUUGGCCUAUUAAAGUAUAGCUGUAACACAGGUAAUGUUGCCUUUUCGGAAUAGGAACGCUGAAUGGUAGUAUUUUGGCUGUUUUGAACUGGGUAUGAUUUAAGCGCUGUAGAAAAGCACCAGUAGAAGGAGAUUAAUUUGGAACUGCAGCUGUGCUAGAGAUCUAGUAUGGUGAAGAUCAAGAUCUGUCUGAUUGCAUAAGAGACAGAUGUAGUCAUGUUAGAUGCUGACAUUGUUGUCUUUUCUACUCCCUCAAGCUCUAAUUCAUUCUGUUGUCAUGGAGAUGACUAAUGAGACGGUCACCUGCCUCUCUCAAAACAUCUACCCCGUCCCUCAGGUGACAUGGACCACAGACCCCCCCUCAGCCCAGGGAGCUUUAGAAAAUUCAGUCAUCAAAACCACUGACCACAAGGGUCUGUUUACUGUGAUGAGCACGCUGAGGAUCGUGGGUAAUCUCUCCAACAUUACCUUCUUCUGCUAUUUCACAUCGGCUGACAAGUCUCAGGUGUGGACUGCCUCACGCAAAAACCAAGGUGCGAUUUGAUUUUUAAUGCUUUUAAAGAGAAGGUGAUCUUUAACAGAAACACACGUAAAGCUCAAUGUAACUUGAUAUUUUUCAGUGGAUAUAUCACAUGAAGAGGGUCACACACUGUCUAUCCCUUGCAUCGCCCCACAAAAUGUCCAGAAUUUCUCCCUCACCUGGACCCACACCUCAUUGAAGGAGCCCACAGUCAUCCUGAAAUAUGACACAAAAACAAGACACACGUUCAAUCUAUGGGAAGGCGAAGCUACACUGGACCAGGACAGGCUUCUUCUUGGAGACGCCUCCCUUCUUCUUCACAAGCCAAAUGUGGAGGAACACAGUGGGACGUACACUUGCAGCUUCUCAGGGCUACAGAGCAAACACACAGUUCAGAUCAGAGUAAACAUCACUGUUUCAUCAAUAAGUGAGUAUUGGAUUACACUCUGAUUUGGUAGAAGAAAAGAGAGUAUGAAUAACAUUAAAUAAAACUGUGUCAUGUACACUCUGCAGGUGAGGAUGAGCAGAAGGUGCAGAGGUCAUGGUGGAGCACUGCAGCAUCUGCAGCUUUUGUGUUGUUCACCAUCAUCGUAGCUCUCCCUCAGUGUGUGAGACAAAGAGGUAUGUGAGAUAUUCUGUCUCUAUUCCGGUCAGUACGAACUUAAUUAAUCCCUUUUGGACAACAAUAAACUAUAAGUAAGAAUUAACAGAGGCAACAAAGGAUAAAAAAAAGUCCUUUAAAAAUUGUGAAAACCUAAGAAGUAUCUAGUAUUCUGAUUAUGAAGGGGAUACAUUUGAAUGGUUUAACAAGCUGGUAAAAGAAGACAUCUUGAUGGCAACAAAGAAAAUUCUUCUAAGGAAUUCAGAUCUUCCUGUUAGACACUAAUGAUAAAACAGGUUUUAACAAUACUGUUCAUACUGUUUCAGUCUUUAACUGUGAGGCCCUUAAACCAGCAGAUAGAAAAACUGAGAGGCCUUUUAUUUAAAGACUAAUACAUUUAUUGAGAAUAAUUCAGCCUCCAUAAAAGGAUGAUUCUCUAUUGCUUCUCAGUGUUCAAAUUCAAGUUGAUCAUCUAAAUAAGUACCGAAGUAUUUCCAUGAUCUUACAGUUUUUAUACUCUCUUGAGAAUCUGUGCUAUCUCUCUUUUGCGUUUAGAUUUAAAACCAGCUCCAUUAAAAUUGUGAUGACAAAAGACAGGUUACAAGUAAGUUUAACUACAUUUACACAUAGUUACUGUUGGUUUUUACAAUGGAGGAUAGGGAUGCAAGAUUUAAAGUGAGUCAGACUUUGGACAAUUGGAUUCAUCCUGCUGCUGUGGCAGCAUCUGUUAGCAAGAUGAUAUUCAAGUUUGCUCAACAUUUAUUCAAUUAAGCUUGUUUCCAUAACAACAAAAAGCUUAAAAGCCAGUUUAUACAAGAAUGUGUAAGAGUGCGGAAAGUGUUUAACAAAAUAUAAUUACAUGCAUGUAGUCUGAGAAGAGUGUGUCCGGUGUGUUUUGAACUGAAAUUUAACCUGUUAUCAUUUGUCCUUAUUUGUACAGGGCUGGAGAUGAGAACUGUCUCACAUAGACAUAACGGAGCAGAUUUUAUUGAAGGUGGAUCGAGCAAAGGCGUUGAUACAACAGCUUCAUUUAUAGUCAGACAACAUGGAGCUGAAUGUGACAGACUACAACUACAAAUUGAAACACAGAGUGAAAUGGCAAGCAGCGCGCCUAACACAGCGGAGGUCUGCACUGCGGAUUUACCACCAGGCACUGAAAUAGAACAAGAAGAAAAACCAGAAGGACCACCUGAGGAGGGAAAUGAUGGGCUGCUGUCCAGGAGUGAAGAGGGGGAUGGAUUUUAAAACACUGAGCCUGGGAACCAUGUACCAUGAACAUCCUGAGCUACACUCAGAGGAUAAUACUCAGAAACUUGAGAACUCCUUCCAGUAAAGAAAUUCAUUCAGAUCGGUUGGAUUUCUUUUUAACAUUACGAGCAUUAUCUUUAUCAUGGAAACUGUUAUCAACUUGUAAUGUAAACUUCUUU